UUUUUUUUUUUUUAAUGCGGCAAUUUUGGUUCAAGAUUUACUCGGCUGAGCGGGAUGAGCACAGGAUUUUUUGGUUGGAUGUACCUCAUGACAAGGAGGAAGGUGUUUACAAUCAGUUAAAGCAUGAUGUGCGACAUGUAUUUGGUUUCCCUGAAGAUUAUGAUUUUUACUUCACACACAAAGAUAAUGACAAUGAUGAAGUUGCUAUAAAAGAGAACUACGAAAUAUUGAAUUAUAUGUGUCGGAUGGAAAACAAUCAUAAAUUGAGGCUUUCGGUUACACCAAUCAAUCAAGAAAGACAACAUAUUCCUGAUUCAAACUCAAGUGAUAGUGCUUCAAUAGCUUUAAACGAAUCCUUCCAAUCUAUCAUUAAAAAUCUGGAACUUGGCAUGAACAAUUUACAGGUAGCUGUUGAAAAAAGUGCAGUUACUACAGUUGAGACAGUUAUGAAAACUGCUGCUGAGACUGCUGCUCAUGUUUAUCGUUCUAUGCUACCCCCUCCGACACUUUCUGAAAAGCCUCAAUUUGAUGUUAUCUGCGAUGGAUGUUAUACGCCUAUUCGAGGUCAAAGAUGGCGUUGUGAAACAUGCGAAGAUUUUGAUUUAUGCAGUACUUGCAAAUCUCGUGUGGUUCAUGACAAAAAACAUAAUUUCCGAUCUAUCAAUAAUACUCCACAGCAUACUCAACCAGAUAUUGUGCCUGAUCAUACUGAUAUGGAUUUAAAUGAUCCCAAACCAUUACAGACUAUCUUUAUCUGUGAUUAUUGCGAUUCAGAUAUUGUGGGAAUUCGUCACACUUGUGGGGCUUGUCCAGAUUUCGACCUGUGUCAUUCUUGCUUUGCGAUUGUCAAGGAAAACCAUCCGGAGCAUGUAUUUGUCACUCGUCUUGUUGGCACACAAGCUAACAUAUGCAAUCAACAACCUAAAGCAGCGAAGCCUAAAAAAUCUAAGACGCCAUUUAUCCCACGGGAGUCAUCUGAUACUAUUUAUCAUCGCGGUGUUAAUUGUGAUAAUUGUCAGGAUAUCGUUACAGGAAUCCGCUACAAAUGCGGACAUUGUGUAAAUUAUGAUUUAUGUGAAACGUGUGAAGAAUAUGCCCUGUCUAUUCAUGAUAAGAUGCACGCUUUUAUCAAAAUCAGAUACCCCAUACAGAGCAUUAUAAAGAAGCCCAUCUUGCCCAAAUUUAUGCCUCUAGGAGAUGUGGAUCGAGCCUAUAGUCCCAGUACCUCCUCUGCUGGUCCGUCACAGGUUCAAGAAAUGACAAUGAUUGAUUCACCGAAAUUAAGUGUUAAUGAAUCCAAUACUAGUAUGAGGUCUGUUUCUUCAGUAGCAGUUUCUACAGUAGAACCUUCAACAUUACCUAUACCUGUCCCCGUAGACCCUGUUUUGUCUGCAGAAUUUAUAUCAGACAUUAAUAUACCUGAUGGGACUUUAAUUGUCCCCAAAAAGACAUUCAUUAAGAUGUGGAAGAUAAGUAACAAUGGCAAUACUGAUUGGCCCAUUGGGACUCAUUUACUUUUCAAUGGCGGAACCAUUUUAAGACCACAUCCUAUAUCACGCCCGGACAGUUUUGUGGUGCCGGUAAUAUCACCCAAUGAAGAAACAUGUGUUACUGCUGAGCUCCAGGCUCCUGAUUGUCCUGGUGACUACUCCAGUUACUUUUGUUUGUGCACUCCUGAUGGAGUUAGAUUUGGUGAUGUGUUAUGGUGUACAAUCAAGGUUGACCAGGAUGAUGAACCUGUCGAAAUGGCACGAACAGUGUCGGCGUCGGACAUUAUGAUGAAUUCAAGUAAUUCAAUGAUAUAUCCAAUCAUCUCCACAGGUCAUGAAGAUGCUCAAAGCAAUGAUGGAUAUACCGACCAGGAUGGAUAUUCUACAUCAACAAAUGACCAAGUAUCAACAAUUAAUUCGGCCAGAAGUUAUACCAAUAGCCAUGUAAGUAGCCCAUCGUCUUCUGAAAUUGAUGUUGGUGAGCACCACUGCAAUGACUAUUUAAGUGAAGAAGAGACAAGUGGUACUGUUCACGAAAUGAGUGACAGCUCAAUAAAUCGUACAUACCAGGUAGUGGGAGAAUCAGGUAUAACUCUGGUUCAAAAAAAUAUUGAGGAACAAGAAGAUGAUUUUAUUAUGAUCGAUGGUCAAGAAGGAAACGACGACGAGGAGGAUGUCUUGAAUAGAAACACUAAUAGUCUUAAUUCGUCUGUACAUUCUUCACAAACUGUUACUCCCAGGCGUGAAACUAUAUCCGACGAGGUGUUGUUCAGAUCUCAACUAUUACAGUUGCACGAAAUGGGUUUUACAUCAUAUGAUGAUUUAGCCAUAAGUCUCUUGAAGGCUAAUAAGGGUCAUGUAGAAGCCGUAAUAGCUAAACUUCUUUACUACCCUUAGUUUCAUAUGUAUCGGCUGAUUGUAACUCUUUAGGUUUUCGAAAGCUUGCAAAUAUUAAUAAAUAUUGUUCUAAAUACUAUCAUCUAAA